CUGCAACACAGUUCAAUGAAGUUGCAAGGAGUUAAUAAUGCUGAAAAAUUUGACUAUGUGAUGCAAUUUUUGAAUAAGAUGGCUGGUAAUGAAUAUGUUGGAUUCAGUAAUGCCACGUUUCAAUCUGAACGAGAAAGUGGAGAUCGGAAUUUUGCAAUAGGAUAUUACUUAAAGGAGAAAAAGUGUUUUCCAGAAGGUACAGACAUGGUUGGUAUAUUAGACUUCUACUUCCAGUUGUGUUCUAUUGAAGUGACUUGUGAAUCAGCCAGUGUGAUGGCUUCCACAUUAGCUAAUGGUGGUUUCUGCCCAAUUACUGGUGAAAGAGUGCUGAGCCCUGAAGCGGUUCGAAAUACACUAAGUUUGAUGCAUUCUUGUGGCAUGUAUGACUUCUCAGGUCAAUUUGCUUUCCAUGUUGGUCUUCCUGCAAAAUCUGGAGUUGCUGGAGGCAUUCUUUUAGUUGUUCCUAAUGUUAUGGGAAUGAUGUGCUGGUCUCCUCCAUUGGAUAAGAUGGGCAAUAGUGUUAAGGGAAUUCACUUCUGUCAUGAUCUGGUUUCUUUGUGUAAUUUCCAUAACUAUGAUAAUUUGAGACACUUUGCAAAAAAACUUGAUCCUCGAAGAGAAGGUGGUGAUCAGAGGUUUCACAAAGUUACAUAAGAGUAAUGCAAGACAAGAUAGAACCUUCCAUAAGAGCUUGGACCUUUCUUCACUCAAGUGCACUAAUA